CCCUUCGUAUACCAUUUACAGAGACCCUAGUGCUUUUUUGAUAUCACUUAGAGAGACCCCCCGGGUGUUCUUAAGUACCACUUAGACUCCUGGUGAUUUCAGAUACCACAUAGAGUGACUCCCGGUGUUUUCAAAUACUAUCUACAGAGACGCCCCCUUAUUUUCAGAUACCACUUAGAGGAUGUACGAGCUGAGUGGUGCUACUCUUUAGCCGACGCUUGUCAACGCCUCGCACACGAGGAACAAAUAGGACUCUUCUGGGGCAUUCUCUGUGGACAAGUACAGGAAGAGGUGUACCAUUAUCAAGUGGACAUCGCUCAGUCCCUUUAUUCGGCGCUAAAGUCUCGAGACCCGCAGGACUUGGGUCUUGUCUCCCGCGAUGUUGUGAGGACAAUCGUCAAGAGUAUCUUCCCCUUGAAGUCCCAAGCACACGUACAGGUGCUGAUGGACAUCGUGGGUCGAGCGGCGUCCCUUAAAGACCCCAACGCCAUUAAGUACCACAACCUCUUCGUUCAGGGUGGCGGAGCAGGAGCAGGAGCAGGGAGCAGAACCCCCUUGGUGACGGCGAUAGUCCAGCAGGCAAGGGAUGAGCAGGACGUGUACAUUCAAGAACUGCUGGACGAACUGGGUUACGCUGCCAUGGACGUCGCUGUCACGGAGCUUAGCCGGGCCUUCACUAUGGUGGAUCCGCGUAUUGAACAAAGGAAUCUCGACGCCUACUUGGAGUGGGUCUUUAACACACCUCGCGACCAACUGCGGUCCACACCCCCCAUCCCACUCCCGCUCCUGGCAGCCAGACUACAGACGGGACACAUCGUUAGAGUUGGUGCAAGAACAUAAUGCACAUACACCAAAGCACAUACACCCACGCACAUAUGCACAUACACCCAAGCACAUAUACCCGCGUACAUACGCACAUACACCCAAGCACAUGCAUACACGCAUAUACACCUACGUAACAUAGCUCAUGGGUGUACAGUCGUACACCCAUGAGCGCAUGUACAUACACCUUCACACAUACGUAUACACGAACACAUGCAUCCACGUACACAUUUACAUACGCCAACGACACGCACAUACACCCACGCUCACAUGUUCGUGGACCAUGGGCAAAAGCACAAACAAAUACGCAUUAGAAGAUGCACAAAUUCCUAGUGUCUCUUUCUCUCUUAGCUCGCCACGCACGGGAUAGGAUGCUGUAGGGUACUGUGCCUUAAAAGCUCAUUUUAGUCUUCACUUCUUUAUUGAUAUCUUAUAAGGAAAAUACUUUUAUCGCGUAUGUUAUCAAUAUCUUAAUCAUAACACAUCAGCUCUUGUAUCUCGCUACAGGCAUUUACACCGAAAUUCCUAGGAGCAGCUGACUCACUAUACAAAUUAUACAAUUAAAUAACUUUUCAAACAGCAGCCAGUGGUACUAUGGUAUCUUUGAUUAUAGCAUCUCGUUGCAUAAUGAUGAAGCUAUAGGCAGCAUCUUAUUGUUACAAUAUAAAGUUGUAAACAGGAUUAAAGCUAAUUAUUUCAUAGUAUUAUUUAUGAACACACA